AUGUCCCAAUAUUUGCUGCAAGCCAGGAGUGAAUCUACAGUGUCCAAGUACUUUUCAUAUUUCCGGAAGUGGGAGGAUUUUAUUGUGCGAGAGCACGCGUGUGCAUUACCGGCCCAGCCAAUAUACGUGGCCUUACAUGUGUCUUACCUGUUGGACAAAGGGAGUUCUUACAACGUCGUUAACGCCGCUGUAUAUGCAAUCAAAUGGGCCCACAGCAUUAGUAGCUUGCCUGAUCCUACAGAGAACGGUUUUGUCAAAAGCAUGGUCGAAGCAGCCAAACGUCAGGAAAGGACCCCGCGCGUGAAGAAAGACUGUCUCGUCGGAACUGUUAAUACAACUUUGUAA